CUUUCAGGGAGAGGCAGAGUGUCUGGCUGUGCCAGUGGGAGGAGUCACAGCACAGAGUUUGGCAUUGCUGGGACACUCAAGGCAUGGCUGAGAGAUGCCUCGGGAGUCUCUAGACACUUCCACCUUACUAUCAGAAUUAACCCAGGAUGACCCUGCUGAGGGCGCUACCUUGCAGUGGGAAGCAGAUAGCAGGCAGUUUCUUCUCUACCCUGCCAGGUAUCCCCCCCUAGCCGGGGCCCAGUAAGCUGCGCGUAGAGUGCUCGCUGAGCAACUUCAAGGCACUCUUGUUAGGGGGCGUGGUCUGCUGCGACCGGGGUGGAGGGGGCAUUCUGUACCUGUAGUGGGAGCCAAAGCGCCGGAACGCGUUCCUGCGAAAGAAUAAAGAUCUGAAUGCUGGCUCACGGAGCGUGGAGAUGCCAGAUUCUGGCAGGAUAACUGCUUCAUGCACCGGCUGACAGACGCCGAUUCGGUGUCAAGAUGUUGGGCUGGGUCCAAAGGGUGCUGCCUCAGCCUCCGGGGACCCCUCAGAAGACCAAGGAGGCAGCAGGACCACAGCCAGAAACAGAGUCGAAACCUGAGGCAACAUCACCACCUGAUCCAGAGCCCCUGCCAGAACCAGAGCCGGAGCCGGAACCAGCGCCCGAAGAGGCUGCACCAGAGGUCCAGGCCCUGCCACCAGAGGAGCCAAUGGAAGGAGAGGGCGAAACUGAGGCUAGACCUAGUCUGCAAGAGACCCAGGAAGCCGACCCUCCUCAACCCACCUCCCAGGCCCAGGUUGCUGUUGCCAAGGUGAACAGGCCCAGCUCCUGGAUGUUGAGCUGGUUCUGGAAAGGCAUGGAGAAGGUCGUGCCACAGCCUGUCUACAGCAGUGGGGGCCAGAACCUGGCUGGUGGAGAGGGAGGCCCAGAUCAGGGUGGAGCACAGAUCCCAGAGCCCUGUGGCACUGGGGACCCAGGAUCUGCAGAUGGCUCAGAUAAAACUUCCAGGACUCAAGACACUGAGCCCAGCCUGUGGCUACUCAGGUGGCUUGAGCAGAAUCUGGACAAAGUGCUGCCUCAGCCCCCUACCCCUUCACAGGCCUGGAAAGUUGAACCUGAGGCUGCUGUCUUGGAUCCAGAUCCUCCAGGAACCCCUAUGGAGACGGAGCCCACAGAGAGCCCCUUCCAGGCUAAUCCUGGACCCCCGGAGCCUGAGGAGGAGCCAGCUGCAGAACCCCAGUCUGGCUUCCAAUCCUCUUCCCUGCCACCACCCGGGGACCCUGUCAGGCUGAUCGAAUGGCUGCUACACAGGCUGGAGAUGGCCCUGCCUCAGCCCGUGCUCCAUGGGAAGGCUGCAGAGCAGGAGCCUGACUGCCCUGGGACGUGUGAUGUACAGACCAUCAGCAUCCUCCCCGUGGAACAAGUGGAGCGUGAUCUUGUCCUCGAGGAGGUGGACUCUUGCUGGGAGGACGUCAGGCAGGAAGAUGGCUCCAGCCUGCAGGAGACAGAGGUGGCUCCAGCUCAUGAAGAAGAGAGUGAGGCCAUGGUGGAGAUGCCCAGGGAGCUGCCGCAGAUUCAAGAGGAAAGGGAAGAUGAGGACCAGGAAGAGGAUGAGGAGGAGAAGAAGGAGAAGGAGGAGAAGGAAGAGGAAGAAGAGGAAGAGAAGGAGGAAGAAGAGGAGGAAAAGGAGGAAGAAGAGGAAGAGAAGGAGGAGGAGAAAGAGAAUGAGGAAAAGAAGGAGGAGGAGGAGAAGGAAGAAGAGAAAGAAGAGGAAGAAGAGGAAGAAGAAGAGGAAGAAGAAGAGCCUAUUGUCCUGCUGGAUAGCUGUUUGGUGGUGCAGGCUGAUGUGGACGAGUGCCAGCUAGAAAGGACACAGCCAGAGUUAGCAUCGAUCCAGGAGUUGCCAGAAGAGAAGGAGGAAGAGGAGAAGAAGGAAGAAGAGAAGGAGGAGGAAGAGGAGGAAAACAAGGAGGAAGAAGAGGAGAAGGAGGAAGGGGAGGCCACAAACUCAACAGUACCAGCCACAAAGGAGCACCCGGAGCUCCAGGUGGAAGACACGGAUGCUGACAGUGGCCCCCUCAUCCCAGAGGAGACGCUCCCUCCUCCUGAGAGACCACCACCGUCUCCUGCCAAGUCCGACACCCUCACAGUUCCAGGCGCCGCCGCUGCAGCAGCCCACAGGAAGAAGUUACCUUCUCAGGAUGAUGAAGCCGAAGAGCUCAAGGCCCUGUCACCAGCUGAGUCCCCGAUGGUUGCCUGGUCAGACCCCACCACACCACAGGAGGCUGAUGGCCAGGACCGAGCAGCCUCCACAGCCAGCCAGAACAGUGCCAUCAUCAAUGACCGGCUCCAGGAGCUGGUGAAGAUGUUCAAGGAGCGGACAGAGAAGGUGAAGGAGAAGCUCAUUGACCCUGACGUCACCUCUGAUGAGGAGAGCCCCAAGCCCUCCCCAGCCAAGAAGGCCCCAGCCCCAGCUCCAGCCCAGAAGCCGGUGGAGGCAGAGGCAGCAGAGGAGGAACACUACUGCGACAUGCUCUGCUGCAAGUUCAAACGCAGGCCUUGGAAGAUGUACCGGUUUCCCCAGAGCAUUGACCCAUUGACCAACCUCAUGUACAUCUUGUGGCUGUUCUUCGUGGUGCUGGCCUGGAACUGGAACUGCUGGCUGAUUCCUGUGCGCUGGGCCUUCCCGUACCAGCGGGCAGACAACAUCCACUUCUGGCUACUCAUGGAUUACUUGUGCGACUUCAUCUACCUCCUGGACAUUACCGUGUUCCAGAUGCGCCUGCAGUUUGUCAAAGGCGGGGACAUCAUUACAGACAAAAAGGAGAUGCGCAAUAACUACCUGAAGUCUCGCCGGUUUAAGAUGGACCUACUCUGCCUCCUGCCCUUGGACUUUCUCUACUUGAAACUUGGUGUGAACCCCCUCCUUCGCCUGCCUCGCUGCCUGAAGUACAUGGCCUUCUUUGAGUUUAAUAACCGCCUGGAAGCCAUCCUCAGUAAAGCCUACGUUUACAGGGUCAUCAGGACCACUGCCUACCUGCUGUACAGCUUGCACCUCAACUCCUGUCUUUACUACUGGGCAUCAGCCUUCCAGGGCAUCGGUUCCACGCACUGGGUUUACGACGGAGUGGGGAACAGCUACAUUCGAUGCUACUACUGGGCCGUGAAAACCCUUAUCACCAUUGGAGGACUGCCGGACCCCCAGACGCUCUUUGAGAUUGUCUUUCAGCUGCUGAAUUAUUUUACAGGUGUCUUCGCUUUCUCUGUGAUGAUUGGACAGAUGAGAGAUGUGGUGGGGGCCGCCACAGCGGGGCAGACCUACUACCGCAGCUGCAUGGACAGCACAGUGAAGUACAUGAACUUCUACAAGAUCCCCAGGUCUGUGCAGAACCGUGUCAAGACCUGGUAUGAGUAUACCUGGCAUUCGCAAGGCAUGCUGGACGAGUCAGAGCUAAUGGUACAGCUUCCGGACAAGAUGCGCCUGGACCUCGCCAUUGAUGUAAACUACAACAUUGUCAGCAAAGUGGCCCUCUUUCAGGGCUGUGACCGGCAGAUGAUCUUCGACAUGCUCAAGCGGCUUCGAUCCGUCGUCUACCUACCCAAUGACUAUGUGUGCAAGAAGGGGGAGAUUGGCCGAGAGAUGUAUAUUAUCCAGGCGGGGCAGGUGCAGGUGCUGGGUGGCCCAGAUGGAAAGGCUGUACUGGUGACACUCAAAGCGGGAUCGGUGUUUGGAGAGAUAAGCUUGCUGGCUGUCGGGGGCGGCAACCGGCGCACGGCCAAUGUGGUGGCCCACGGCUUCACCAAUCUCUUCAUUCUGGACAAGAAGGAUUUGAAUGAAAUUUUGGUGCAUUAUCCCGAAUCUCAGAAGUUACUUCGGAAGAAGGCCAGGCGCAUGCUAAGAAACAACAACAAACCCAAGGAGGAGAAGAGUGUGCUCAUCCUGCCCCCGCGUGCAGGCACCCCGAAGCUCUUCAAUGCUGCCCUGGCUGCCGCAGGAAAGAUGGGCCCCAGGGGAGCCAAGGGUGGCAAGCUCGCCCACCUGAGAGCCAGGCUCAAGGAACUGGCUGCACUGGAGGCAGCCGCGCGACAGCAGCAGCUGCUGGAACAGGCCAAAAGCUCGCAAGAAGCUGGGGGAGAGGAGGGCUCUAGAGCCACAGACCAGCCUGCAACCCAGGAGCCACCAGAGCCCAAGGAGCCCCCGGGACCCCCAGCCCCAAGCUCUCCACCAUCAGCCUCAGCAAAGCCAGAGGGAAGUACGGAGGAGGCAGCAGGGCCCCCGGAGCCCUCCGUGAGGAUCCGUGUGAGUCCAGGUCCUGAUCCCGGAGAGCAGACACUGUCGGUGGAGAUGUUGGAGGAGAAGAAAGAUGAGAAAGUGUGAGGCGCAUGCAGCGCCUGAUCCCAACCCCAGGUCUUUGAAUCACCUGCCUCGCCAAGCGUCCUAGCCUAAGGGCGCCUUCUCACAGGCUUGUUGUAGAAAUGAUCAAAUUUCAUCAGAUGGUGGUGGUGCCCUCGAGCUCCUGCCAUUCCCAGAGCACCCUGUUCCCCUCCUGCAGUUGUUAUUUUCAAGAAGAAAACCGCCUUGCACUUUUAAAAGAUUUGAGAAGAGAAUAGAAGAGGGCUCCAACAUCAAGGAAACUCUACUAGACAUAUCAAGGGUUGAUGAUGUGGCAGGUUCCCCACCAGAGCUCACCCUCUGUUUAAAUGAUGGAGAAGAGCUGGAGUCCCACUGAGCACCUGCAAACCCAGGACUGGGGAGGCUUGACCUUUGGUUCAAGGUCAGCCAGUGUACAUAGUGAGAAUCUGCCUCAAAACAAACCAAUAGCAAAACUGCUUGGGAGUACCAAGCACCUCUAAGCCAGUGGGUCGUGACCCCUUUGGGGUAGUACAGCGACCCUUUGACAGGGCUUACCUAAUUCCAUCAGAAAUAACAGGUAUUUACAUUACGAUUCAUAACAGAUUCAGCAAAAUGACAGGAAUAAAGUAGCAAUGAAAAUAAUAGUUGGGGGUCACCACAACACAAGGAACUGUGUUAAAGGGUCACAGCAUUAGGAAGGUUGAGAGCCACUGCUCUAAGCUUGUCCAGAUCCUAGCAGUAAACACAGUAGUCUAGCUGAUAGCAGGGCAGGUGAUCCCGGUAAUCUUGCUACAGGCAGUGAUGACUGCCUUAUCAUCUUAGCCCCCCUUUAAAGUGUUGCCUGUCUUAGUAGGUAAUGAUAUCAAGAGCUCUCCACACUACUCCGGCAAGCACUCCUAGCAUUUAGAGCGUAUGCUUGUAGCUGGGCAUCAUGGAGGCAGGAGGAUCACAGGUUUGAAGUCAGCCUGGGCUUGAUAGCAAUAUCCUAUCUCAAAAAGGAAAAUGGGAGAAAUAUAUUGGUUCAUCAGUGAUGACUGCACCGUCCCUUGUCCAAAUGCGUGGUGACAUCUCAGCCACUGCUCAUCGGUGAGCAUUUGGAUCGUUUCUAAGCUCACUCUAUCAAGAAUAACAACAUUGCAGAGAGCUCAGUGGGCAAAGGCCCUUGCCACCCCACCAUGCAAACUUGAUGACCUAAGUUAAAUCUCUGAAACCCACGUGAACCUGCAAAGAAUCAGCCCCACAAACACACGCAAGAGCUCACAGUAAUAAAAUCAUCUAGUGCGGAUGGGUUUUGGCCCACUAGGAAG